UAAAGAUAAAGCCCAGGACUCGAGGCGAAAUAUGGCCAGAAACUGCAAUUAAAGUGGCACCCAAUGAUAGCUUGAAAUUCGAAAGAGAGAGAGAAGCAGUGAGUGAGUGCUACGGAUUGGAUUUGGCUGCAGUCGCCUGCAAUUUGAGGCAACCCCCCGCCAAGCCCCCCGGCACCUCCUCCCCCUCUCGCCCAACAAUCUCCGGCUGACAGUGAAAGUGAUUUGAUUUUGCAAUUGGAGUCGCAAUCGCCGCUGUUGUUGCGAGCGACUUUGAACAAUAUUUCAGCUUGUUUGCUGAUCCGAUCAGCCGCCAGCAGCAAAAAGCAAAAUAAAGGCAUUUCUGUUUUUAUUAUUACUCUCGCUCCGGCCAAACCAAACCAAACGAAACAAAACACGGCAAAACAAUAAAGAAAAGUGCAAAGAAAACAGCCACAUAAAUUGCAAGCAAUUUGUAAUCGGGACCCUAAUACAAUUUCUUUCUCUCGUUUCGUCCAGUACUGCCACUGUGCCCCUAAAUCAACACACAAAAUUGGAUUAAUUCUCGGGAGACUAACUCCAAAAAGCGCCCAAGGCAAUUAAGGAAGUGAUUCGUGGCCACAUCGAGAAAGAUACUCCUCGUGGACGUCGUCGCGAUGCGGUGCAGCAUGCAACAUAUCGAAGAAACCGCCUGAAACGCCGCUGUUAAAGCGUCAACAGCAAUUGCCAUAAUUGCCAUUGGAGCACCGCUCGGCGCAGACCAAUAACCGCUGGACCCGCCAUCCCAUCAACCCACCAUCGCACCACCAUUGCAGCACCAAUCGGACCAAUUCAGCCGUCGAAACUGGCAACGAAACUUGCCACACGAGCUGAGCGAUCGGCGGCAGGCACACAGAUUGCCGCGUAUCCCACUGAAUUGUAACAGAGCCGCCGCAGUGCGCCGGAAAAAUCGGAAAAUCCCCAAGAGCCAAUACAGCACACCGAUACCGCGAUACCGAGAUACCGAGAUACCGAGAGCAGGCCGAAAAACCAGUGGCGACGAGGGAUCAAUGAACGCGGCACGCAGCUGACGCCAUUCGGUAUCCAAUUUUUCCAGCAGCCAGCGGAGCGUACGAAAAAAAAAAAAAUAGAAGAAAAACUAACAAAAUAUAAAAACGUAAAGCUGAGAAAAGCGAAACGGACUUGGGCGUUCAAGUUCAGGCGGCGCUAAGCAGGAAGUUGUGCGGCUGCACCUUAAUUGGAGCCAGUGUCAUUACCACCAGGCAACCACACAACCAAACAACCACACAACCAAACAACCAAACAACCGAACAACCAAGCAGCUAGACAACCACACACAGCCACUCAUCCUGCUCGAUGUAAGAUGUUACUGGCCGGCGGCAAAAGCAUUAGCAUUAGCACACGGAGCACAUGGAGCACAUGCAAUCUCGCCUGGACGAGAUGGAGCCGACUGGCGUUGGCCGUUAGUCUCGUUGCCUACUGCUGCUGCUCCUCCUCCCUGGCGGUGGCCACGCCCACCACGGCGGUGACCACGGCCGCCCUCCUAACGGGUCAUCAACUGCUGCCCUGGCAGACGGCGGCUGCAACGUCAUCCUUGGCCACCACGCCAUCCACCGCCCGGAAUCUGUACGCUCCCUACCAGAGGUUUAGUCGGCAGGACGACAUCAGCUUCAAGGAUGUGCGGCAGCGCAGCGAUGGCACGGUGGUGCAGUCCUUCGGCUCCUACCGCACCGCUCGCCAAAUGGGAGCUCCGGUGGCCCAGCGUCGCUCCGAUUCGGCGGCGGUGGAGAUCAUUCCCGCUCCUUCGGUCGAGUUGCCGCAGAGCGAGUUGAUCACGGUGCCCAAGCAGCUGGUGCCCACGAUGCCGGAGAAUGUGACCCGCCAAGGUCGUCGGAGGAACUACAUGUACAUCCCACUCCAGGGGGAGGGGGAGAAUGGAGGUGGCGCCAGUCUCCUGCAACUGCGACCCAGCAGGAAUGCCACUCUAUCCGCAUUGGGACCUCCGGCCGAUGGAGUGGCUGCGGUGGCCCACGAAUUCGGAGCCGAACUGGCCACCCAGGGAAGUCCGGAGCAGCAACCCCUGGAACUGGAACUCGGACCGGAGAGAACUGAGAGAAGUGAUCUCCUGGCCGCCGCCAGUUCCACGGACAAGCUGGAGUACGCCGAGCCGGAGAACACCAGUCGGCGAGUGGGCUUCCAGUUCCCCAGCUACAGUUUGAAGCCCGCCAGUCCCUUCCAUCCGCAGGCCUAUCGGGAGGAUAACCCCAUCUUCGGGGAGACCAGCGGCUACGAACCGCAGCCCUUCAGCGAGGAUGGGGCACCUGCUCCUCCGCCCACGCAAUAUGAGCAGCACGAGACGCGCCACACCCGCCAGCUCUACUUCGACUCGGAUGCCGCCUCCUCCAGCUUUGAGUUUCCCGGCCUGGUCAGCAACUCCAAGCCACAUGGCCUCAAGCUCUACCGCGAUGAUGUGACCAAGUUCGGGGACAUCAAUGGACCGAUCACCGCCUUGCCGCAGCAGCGACCACAAAGGGGCUUCUACUUCGGCGACACCGAGUUCAGGACAGGACCGCCUGCUCCAGUUCGCCAGUUUGGGCCGCAGAAGAACUUCCAGGAGUACGUGGGACCCAGCGAGUACCAGGGGUCGCGGAAGAGCCGCUACUACCCCUUCAAGUCGUCGAGGAGUCCGCGGGUGGUCUUCCCCACCAACGACAACGUGGGCACCACCGGACCCAGCGGCCCCGCCGGCAGCAGCGGACCCUCCGGCAACGGAGUCUACUUCAGCGACAACAUUGCUUUCAGGGACCAGAACUUCGGCAUCAACGAGCUGGCCGCCGUGCAGGACGUGCGUAACGACUACAGCCUGCAGGAGCUGGACAGCGCCUCGGAGGCGACCAGCAGUCCGCAGUCGGCGAGCACGUUCAAGGAGAAAGGCUGCGGCAUUUCGCUGGCCAAACAGACCGCCCAGCGGAGGAUCGUGGGUGGCGAUGAUGCCGGCUUCGGAUCCUUUCCCUGGCAGGCCUACAUUCGCAUCGGUUCCUCCAGAUGUGGAGGUUCGUUGAUCUCGAGGAGACACGUGGUCACGGCUGGACAUUGUGUGGCGAGGGCUACUCCUCGCCAGGUGCACGUCACCCUGGGCGACUACGUGAUCAACUCGGCCGUGGAGCCCCUGCCUGCCUACACAUUCGGAGUCCGCCGGAUCGACGUGCAUCCGUACUUCAAGUUCACUCCGCAGGCGGAUCGAUUCGACAUCUCCGUUCUGACGCUGGAACGCACCGUGCACUUCAUGCCACAUAUAGCUCCCAUUUGCCUGCCGGAGAAGAACGAAGAUUUCCUGGGCAAGUUCGGCUGGGCCGCCGGAUGGGGAGCGCUCAAUCCGGGCUCUCGAUUGCGACCGAAGACCCUCCAGGCGGUGGACGUUCCGGUGAUCGAGAACCGGAUCUGCGAACGCUGGCACCGGCAGAACGGGAUCAACGUGGUCAUCUACCAGGAGAUGCUGUGCGCAGGAUACAGGAACGGGGGCAAGGACUCGUGCCAAGGUGAUUCGGGAGGACCCCUGAUGCACGACAAGAACGGGCGAUGGUACUUGAUAGGUGUGGUAUCCGCUGGCUACUCCUGCGCAUCCCGUGGCCAGCCAGGAAUCUAUCACAGUGUCAGCAAAACGGUGGACUGGGUAUCCUACGUCGUCGGACUCACGAUGAACAUCUAACUUAUUCUCAUCGCAAUCACAAUCGCAAUCGCAAUCGCAUUCGGAUUCGGAUUCGCAUUCGCACCUGCCUGCUAAGUGGGCCACAGAUUGUUUUGUACAUAACUCACUUCAUUCUGCUCCUGACUCCGCUCCGGCUCCAAGGCGCCCUAAUUUAUGGUUACACAAGAGAAUAUAUAUAAAUAAUAAUUUAACGAACAAAUUAGCGCAGUACAAUUUAGCAGUUAGGAUAAGGCUGUGUGUAUCUGCAAGAUACACACGUGUGCGAUAUAUAAUAUUAUUUUGUAUAUUUGCAAGCGCCCUAAAACCUUUAAAUUAAUUAUAACUGAUAAUUACGGUUUAAUUUACUUAGUCAUAUGCGCUGUUAUGUAAUUUUAAAACUAUUUAUGAACUUCAUUUCGUGUGUAAAUAAAUUAUACAGAUGUUGAUAUGAA